GUUCAUUGAAUGAGAUUCUCCUUGAAGACCCAAAAUCUGGAACUACAGACAACGCUGAUGAGGAUGCCUUGACAAAAUUGUUUGGUAACCCAAAAUCUGGUCGUUUAAUCGGACAAGGAAGAGGCGUAACAAGGUCAAAGCUAACUGUUGUUAAUAUGCGUAAUAGCAAGAUCUCCAAGUUAGAAGAAGAGCAACAUAAUAUGAAGCUCAAAAUGACUAAAAUGAUGAAUCUACUUAAAGAACAAUUGGUGGUAUUUCUAUCUUGCACUUAUAAACCUUAGUUUUCUUUUCUUCCAAUGAAACUUAUCUUGGUUUUAUAUUUAGGUUGGUGGUAAAGUGACACCAAGCGAAGGACAGUCUCGCAAUGUACCGCAGUCAAACAAUAUUUAGUCCCCUAUGAGUAUUGCACUAGAAAAAAGACAUAAAUUUAUAGGAGGGAAGAAUGCUUGCUACUUGCUUGACUGGGCAGAUGUAAUUGUUGCUGAAGGUCGUUGGGAUUCUAGUGAUCCAAAGAUAACUGUACAUGGAAAGCCUCUUGGACCAGAAUUUAUGCGAGUAUGGGUUGAUGUUGCUAUUGUACUAGAAUCUUACUUAUUUCGUCCUAAUCAUGCGAUGCUUACAAUACAAGAAGCAGUUGGUUCCACAGUUGCAUGGCCUUCUAAAAAAGUUAUUCCAAGAGAUGUGACAAGCGAAGUAGAAAAGGAUACUUAAGACUCCUUGAAAGUAGUAACUUUGUUUAUUUCUUUGUGUGGAAAGUAGUAACUUUUAGACUCCUUGAAUACUUAAAGAAUAUUUUGUUGUUG